UAUAGAACAUAGUAGGAAAGAGCAAAUAAGUGGCCGCCAGUGAGAAGGACAUUCCUACCUUUUUGAUUACACACCUCUCUCUCUCCGAACAAUAAUUCUUCAUCUUUAACUUGCAAAGUUACAACCCUCAAAAGAAGAUGGAUUCAACAGUCUCAGGAUUGUUAACAAACAUGCUAGACAGACUACUAACAACCGCUUUUCACAACAUAUCAAUAGCAAAGGGUCUUCACACAGACAUAACCAAUCUCCAAAACACUCUCACCAUCAUCAAUGCCUUCAUUCUCGAUGCUGAAAACAAGCAAACUCAAAGCAACUCAAUUUCUACCUGGCUUCACCACCUCAAAUACGUUUUACUAGACGCCCGUGAUAUUCUUGAUGAGAUUGAAUAUGAAUCUUUGAGGAACCAAGUUCUCAAAGCAAACGGAACGUUUACUACAAAGGUACAACGUUUUCUCUCACCCUCUAGUAAUCCUCUUGCAUUUCGUAUUAAGAUGGCUCAUAAGAUUAAACAUGUGAAUGAUAGGAUAGAUGAGGUUGCUUCUCUUAGGAUGAAAUUGGGUCUUAUGGUAUCAGAAAAUCAUCAUGCAAGUGGUAGUGGAAGUGGAAAUAGUAGUACUAGGGUAAGGAGAGAGACUCAUUCUUAUGUUAGAUCUUCUCAUGUGAUUGGUAGAGAUGAAGAGAAAGAAAAGGUUGUUAGUUUUUUGAUGGCUCCGCCGUCAGGUAACCAUGAUCAUGAGAUUGAUGUUAUUCCUAUUAUUGGAAUUGGAGGGUUGGGGAAAACAACUCUUGCUCAAUUGGUUUAUAAUGAUGAUCGGGUGAUUGAGUUUUUCGAUCUGCGUAUGUGGGUGUUUGUUUCAGAUGUUUUUGAUGUUAAGAGGUUGGUGUUGGACAUUCUUAAAGCUAUGCAUGGAAUGGAAAUGGAUGCUCACAAGUAUAGUUUUGAUCAAUUGCAAAAUUUGCUUCGCGAAAGGUUAUGGGGGAAGAAGUUUUUACUUGUUCUAGAUGAUGUUUGGAAUGAGGAUUAUAGAGAGUGGCUUGAGUUGAAAAAGCUUUUACUUGGGAUGCAUGAUGAUGAAGAUGGUGAACUUGGUAAUAAGAUUAUCGCGACCACUCGUAGUGACAGGGUUGCUUCGAUUAUGGGGAAUGCUUAUAAGCACAAUUUGAAGUAUCUUCCGGAAGAAGAUUGUUUAAGGCUUUUUGUGAAGUGUGCAUUUCCAGCAGGAGAGGAGAAACAGCAUCCGAGGCUCGUGGAGAUUGGGAAGGACAUUGCGAGAAAGUGUAAAGGGUUGCCCCUGGCAGUGAUAAGUUUAGGGUGUUUGCUUUAUUCAAAACCUAAUGAAAGUGAGUGGAAGAAAGUGAGAGAUAGUGAGUUUUGGAAAGUGAACCCUCAAGAUGAUGAUGGCAUUUUGGCUGCAUUGAAACUAAGCUAUAAUCACUUGUCAUCUGGUUUGAAACAAUGUUUCGCUUAUUGUUCGGUUUUUCCUAAGGGUUAUGAGUAUACUAAUAUGGAGCUGAUAUCCUUUUGGAUGGCCCAUGGACUACUGCAACCGAAAAAUGAAGAUGAGGAACCGGAAGAUCUCGGGGAGUUUUAUAUUCAAGAGCUAGUUUCAAGGUCUUUCUUUGAAUGCGCUUCUGAAGAACAACUGGUUAUUGACGGUCUUAUUUCCGAAGAGCUUGAACUUCUAGGCAUCUCCUUUUUCAAAAUGCAUGAUCUUGUUCACGACCUUGCCGUGUUCACAAUGCAAAAUGAAAGGGCAGUAGUAAAAUUUAGUUCAACAAGUAUUAAAGAAAAAGUUCAGCAUUUAUCAUUUGCAGACAGUGGUGGAGGAGUUCCUACAUUUGGUAAAAUAUCGAGUAAGAUCCGAACCAUUGGAUUCUGGCACGCGUGUCAAAAGGAUCUUGCAAUCACUGAACUGUUUUUCAAAUGGGUCUCCAACAAGCAGUUUAAGUACCUCAGGGUGUUGAAUAUUCAAGGCUCUAAUUUUCAGUUCUUGCCGGAUUGUUUCAACAAAAUGAAGCAUUUGAGGUAUCUUGAUCUAAGCUAUUGCCAGAGGUUGGAAAAACUCCCAGAUUCCAUUUGCAUGCUCCAAAGUCUAGAGGUAUUAAAUCUCUGGAGAUGUGUAGCACUUGCAUAUAUUCCCCCAAAAUUGAGGAAUCUUGUCAGCCUUAGGAUUUUGUGGAUUACAACACAAGUCACUGAUUUGUCUUUCAUAGGUAUUGGAAACUUGAAAUAUCUACAAAUUUUAAUUUUGUGGAAUUGCGAUAAUUUGGUCUUCCUUCCACGCGAUUUGAGGCAUCUGACUGCUUUAAAGAGAUUGACGAUCGAGGCUUGCAUAGAGGUGAUAAGUUUCGAGGAUGAAGGAGAAGAAGACGAAAAUGAAAACUACACCUUGAAACUUGAGCGGUUUUCAAUAGACAAAUUACCCAAUUUGGCAGUAUUACCUGGUUGGCUUAGAAGAUGUGAUAAAACUUUGAGGUACAUGGGCCUUUCAGAGUGUUCGAGUCUAAUGGCAUUGCCAGAAUGGUUGGUAAAUCUAACAUCACUCGAGACGCUUCUAAUUGCUGACUGUCGGAAUUUGACAUUACCGGAACAUAUGGAUCGUCUUCAAAACCUUCAGAAUUUGAAGAUAUAUGGAUGUCCUCAGCUAGUUGAGAGAUGCAAACAAACUACAGGCUCUGACUGGUACAAGAUAGCUCAUAUUCCAAAUGUUGAACUUGGAAGCGAUUAGGAUCACUGACAAAAUUGCAAACACAGUCACCAAAUGUGAUGAAGACAGAAGAGACUUUAAGGUUUGCGUUACUCAAUUUACAGCCUGCUGUUGAAAUGAGAGUUGAAAUCAGCAAAAUAACAUUUGCUUCUCAAUUAAGGCUUCUCCCAACAGAACAGAACCACUUCCGGAUCAAACGUGUUGCCCAACUUUUAAGCACUAGCCUUCAAGUAAAUUUUCUUAAUUGUUGUAUAAUGGCUUAUUGCACACACUCCUCAAGGUGAUGACCACUGUAUAUCACUUACACAAUCAUCUUGCCACAAAUAGAAUAGGACUUGAGUUAAAAUGUUUUCAGACAACUGAUUCACUUACCAUUCUUAUAUGUACCUUACAUUUAAAUUAAAAUGUAUUAUAAGCUUUUAAUUGAUCAUACUGAUGAAUACAAGAAUUACAGUUUCAUGCUAUCGUCAUUUUUAACAACCAUUUCUCUUUGAUUAGAUUAAAUAAAUUAAACGAGAAAACAAAAGCAAUGCAUCCGGAUUCCCAUUUGAUCCUGUAAUUUGGAGUAAUGUCCCGGGAUUUUGUUUAACUCUAAAGUGAAGGAGAAUCUUGUAUAUGUGUUUUUUCAAAUAACUGGCAAGAGAGUGGAUAUUACUUCUAUUAUGUUGUCGUUAUUAAAUAUUGGUGUAUUUAUAUAUGAAGCACAAAUACUUCUACGAAUAGUUGUGUCGCAUUGUAUGGCAUGCGCCGGUUAUAUUAGUGUGGAAGAGAGGUGAAAUUGUUGAAUGAAGAUUUGAAUAGGAUAAGGGACAGAGUGGGAAGAGGUGGGGUUAUUACUAAUAAAGUUAUCGUAUUUCAUAGAUUUGUGAAUAAUUUUGUUGGAGAAUCUUGAAGUGUAGGGUUGAGGUUUGUCAUUUGUGCUAGUGGCAGAUAAUGGUUAAAUUGAGGUGAAUGAUGAGUUUGUUGUUUAUAUGCAGGGGAUGACAUGUUGGCAUCAAGAUAGUCACUAGUGUUGUCAAGGAAAGGUAAAGUAUGGUCAAGAAUUCUGUGUUGGUGAAAUGUGCUAGAGGUAUUGUUGAGGACAAAGGGAAAAAUAUCUUCAUAAAAAAUUACAUUUCUUGAAAUGAAGAUUUCUCUAGUAUUUAGACCAUGAGGAUGCGACCUUUGAUUUAUUGUUUGUAAUAAAAAAUUAUGCAUUUUUUUUUGGGCUUGAGAGGGUCUAGUUUGAGACACCCUUGGAAAUUGGAAGAAGUAUAAUUAGAAGAAGUGUUAUGAAGAAGUUCAUAUAGGAGAAGGGAGUCUGUUAAUGAGGAAAUAUGCAUGGUAACAACACAACAUAGCUCCAAAAAGUUUUAGGUUAAUUACAUUGAAACAUAACUGCCUAGGAAAUGCCUAUAUUUUCUCUCUGCAAUUGCAUUUUGUUGUGGAGUCUCCGUAAUAGUGUACUACUUUGAUUAUUAAAUAACUUUGAUAAAAGCUUCCCUUUUACGAAUAUGACAUGUCAUUUCCUACGAAUCCUUGGAUACGAGAGUUGGUUAAGAUAUGAGAUAAAUAUAUUUUUCACGAAUUUAUCUUCUCAACCUAUUAAGAGGUUAGCAAAUUAUCAUAGAUCAAAGAU